GCACGCUGGAGACCGCACUACGCUUCUCGGUCGCACCGGUGAAGAUGAAGUUCAUAAACCAAGUUUCGAACCUGUUCGACAUUCUGGCGGUGCUCCCCUUCUGGAUCAACAAUUGUUUCCGGCUAGACAAACACGUCUCCCCCGGCCUCCGUUACAUCUCCGUUUUCGGUGCGGUUUUCUGGUUGGUCAAGCUCUGCAGAUAUUUCCCAGGUUGGUACCUACUCCGCAUGGCAUUGCGGAACAGCAUGGCGGCUUUGUUAAUCCCGGUGUUUUUCCUGUUGAUGAUGGGUGUUGCGGGGGCGUCGCUCGUGUUGACGUUUGACUGGAUUUCUGCCGUGAACGGCGGGAUCCCCUUGCAGAUCUCUUCCUGGAUGAAGGCUUUUCACUACAUCAUGGUGGUCACCAUCUCCAUCGACGUAUCACCAGUUUACGGGACCGCGGCGCAAUCCGCCUUGGCGCAAGCGAUCGCGGUGUUGUGGAUGUAUUUGGGUGUGAUUUUCCUCUCCAUGCCCAUCGCAAUCGUGGGAACGUGCUUCUCCCAGACCUGGUUCGACCAGGACAGAAUCGUGUUAGUGGAGAAGGUCCGAUCGAGAAUGCGGCAGCAGGGGUACACGACGGACGACUUGCGGGAGGUUUUUGACGAGGUGGAUGAGGACGGGUCAGGCGAGAUCGAUUUCUACGAGUUCAAGCGCAUGCUCGAAGCGUUCCACUUCUUCGCGCCGAUCGGGAAAACGAGGAAACUCUUCAACCACUUCGAUACUAAUGGGACAGGCUCAAUAAGUUAUCAGGAGUUCGUCUGCGUCAUUUUUCCCGAGAUCACCGACAUUGUCGACUGGGACACGCAACGGGUGGAUCGAGACGCUUUGGAGGUGAUAGAGGAGGUGGAAUCCGAUUUGGAAGAAGACUCCUCCGCCCUGUACAGCAGUACCGGCAGUAGUGGUGCGGAUGAUGAGAGCUCGGAGUCGUUUCUGCAAAAACGAUCUAGAUCGCAGUCGUUGGACAAAAAGUCGGUGAACUUUUCGAAGACAAGUAGCGAAGACGAGGAGGAGGACGAGGAUGGGCCGGCGCGGUUGAGCAUCCCGGGGCUGAUAUCGAAGGGAAAAUUGGUCGUGCACAAUCCUCUAAAGGAAGAAAAGCCUGAUGCUGGUCGUGAACCGCCUGAUAAAGACAAUAAGAGUGCAACUACAGCUGCAACAGUAGGAGCUGCAUCAGAACCACCUCCACCAGCAGAUGACAGCACAGCCGGCGGGGGUGGCGAAAAUGGUACAGAUGAUGCAAAAGCGGAACAAGGCGUGGUCACGCAACAAGACAACCCCACUCCCGACUUGAACGACAGUAGCAUGUUGAUCAACGUUCCAGAUCAUGACACCUCUUUCGCAUCAUCCGGGAAAAAAAAUCAAGCCACGUCACAGAAACAAGCACCAGGCGGCACAAAUCCACGCGAGGAAAUCGGCGGUAGCUCUGGAUCUUCAAAAAACUCAAAGGAAGAGCAGGCGGACAACCCAGCAGAUCCGAAUCCUGCGUCACCAAUGGCAGCAGGAGCCAAUGACGCCCCACCACCUCAGAAAAACGGCGAAGAAACUUCUACCCAAGUAGAAAUGAAGCCAGAAUCACCGCCUCCCGACGACCCCGUCCCGGAGCGCGUUGUCCCGCGCAGAAGGCAGCAGAGCAGUACCGCCCGUCCGAGGAUUGGCACAGUGGAGUCCGUAGCAUCACGAGCGUCGAGGCGGUCCACGCGGUCCGGGAGGCGAAGCAGGCGGGAGAGCAGUGGUCGGCGGUCGUCUAAUCGCGACGAAAACGGCGGGAAUUCCGCAGUAGAGAAGAACAGCUCCCUGGUUUCGGCGUUGAGCGUCGCGGCGUUAAAUCUGGGGAAAGCGGCAAUACGAAGAGGAAGCUCCAUGGUAUCGAUUUUGGCUGUGAGAAGAUGAUGCUCUACCAUGUUGCAACAUUUUCAUCCACCUCGCAGAAUUUUGAUUUUUUAGUAGAGGUGUCGCACAGUAGAAGCACUCCUGCAAACCGCAAUCGCACUACACAGGUUUCCCUCGGACCCAACGACGAGGAACUGCUGGGUCAAAACAUCGUGGUGGACAAGGGCGUAAUGCGCCGGACCCGGUCUACCGACGGCUUUGCGGCGGGCUCGCUCACCGGCAGCUUGGGGCUUGCCUCCGGCGGAACCAGUCC